AUGCUACUCGACAGGUCAUCGCCUUUCCGAUGCGCAAAGCUUGAGGACAAAGUCUAUGGGCUAUUACCUAUGAUAGAAUGGCCAAAGGGUAUCCCACCUGUUCAGCCUAUUUAUGAGCCCUCUCCUAUUUUGGACCUAGCGCAGUUAUUCACAAGCAUCGCAAAAUCGCCGAGGAUAGAUAUAUGGCAUGUUCUUAACGCACUCGAGCUUUCACACGAUCAUAAGCUCUUGAGGCCCAUCGUGGAAGCUAGAAUGAAGAGCCCGCCCCAGCCCCUUGGUCGCGGCAAGUACCCACCGAUGUCGUUCAAAUUCAAGGCUACGUUCAUAACAAUAUUUCAAAACACUCGCGGUCAGCUUUCUGCUGGUCUGGUUCGUAAUCAUUAUCGACUUCCAAAAACUUCAGACCAGAUAGAGACCGAAUGUAAAGGGGCUCCUGAAGGAACAAGACACCUGUUUUUUGGUUCUGAAAUUUGUGCAUUACUCUGCUGCGAUGCUCAAGAAGGCGACCGAAUAAUCAAGGUACCAGUUAUUGGUGAACUACUGGUAUUGAGGCGCAAUGUGGAAGAGAACGGAUAUGAUAUUAUUGGCCAAGGCCUGCUGCUUUCCAAUUACGAGGUUCCAUCUUGCCCUUCGAUGGUAUCGAUAGAAGACGAGUUCAAGGAGAGCGAAGCAUAUGGGGGCACGAAUUUCGCAUCCUCCUGUCAGAUCGAAACCGAGCCUAUCGAGUUUAUAGUGUUGGAGCGGCAGGAUCGCGGAACCGAGGGGUCACGCAUUGAAGGGAGGAAAUUGGAGAGAUUGGCUACUAAGAUAUAUGGCACAGUCAGGCUGAGUGAUUAG